AAUUUAGUUUUAGAUGUCGAAAAAGAUAAAAAGGGUGGCCUUGCAAGAACUCGCAAAAAAUCAUUGGAAGUUAUCAAUAGCGCCUCUGAAAGCUUAGAUCUGAUCGACGCCUGGAGAGUUUUAAAUCCUGACUCUUCCAGAUUUACAUGGAGACAGAAGAAGCCUGAAAUCCACUGUAGACUUGAUUUCUUUCUAAUUAAUCAAUGCACUUUCUGUAAUAUUAUUAAUGCAGAGAUAUUAGCAGGCUACAAAACAGAUCAUUCUAUGAUCACCUUACAAAUUUCUUUACACUCUAACACUAGAGGCCGAGGUUUUUGGAAACUAAAUACCUCCUUCUUAUCUGAAAUAGAAUAUGUCAACCAUGCAGAUUAAGUCCACCAUAACACAAACUAUCGAUUAAUAUUCUCAAGAUAACACUGUUGACCCGGGCCUUUUAUGGGAGAUGGUUAAAAUGAAAGUGAGAGACGUAUCUAUUAAAUAUGGAACAACUAAGAAGAGAAGACUAAGAAAACAGCAGGAGCAAAUUGAGAUAUCAGUAACAACCUUAGAGGAACAGCUUACCCACUCUGAUGUCAAUGACAAACAAAAGAAACAAAUAUUGUGCGAUAUUGAGAAAACGUGAGCUAGAGACGAUAAUUGAAUACCAGACAAAACGAGCGAUUUUACGAUCGAAGUCUCGGUGGUACAUGAAGGCGAGAAAAACACUAAGUAUU